AAAUGGCAUUGAUUAAAGGUAAAUUCUUGCUAGACGCUCUAAAUGAUAUGCAACAACCGGCAUCGCUGCACGACAUUGUAGAUUACAUGGGUUACUGUUGUCCAGGAAUAUGGAAUUAUUUUGGAAAGGAGGUCAAGAGCGCUUUGGAUAUUGGCGUACAUUACGGUUACCUGCAUAAAACUGAUAAUGAUUUUUACGCUGUAUACGGAAUAAACACUAACGAUAAACUAGGGAAAGUCAAUCAAGAUGACGACGACGAUAUAGAUUUAAAUAAUUUGGCAGAAGAGAUAAAGUCCUCCAAGUGUCGUGUCAAUGAGGGAAAAAAUCAAAACGAUGAAUGCAUCGAAGGAAAUCAUUCGUUCUCUUCCUCGCCUCCCCUAAUUAAGGGUAAAUUCUUGUUAGACGCCUUAAACGAUAUGAUACAACCGGCGAGCUUAGAAAGCAUUAUUACAUAUAUGUGCUUCGGUUGUCCAACAGCUUGGACUUUUUAUUUGAAGGAACUUAAAAAGGCUUUAGAAGCCGCUGUGCGCUACGGUUAUAUCGAUAAAGUCGGUGACGAUCUUUAUGCCGUAGCAAGUUGCGCUUUUGAUGACGUCAAUAAUGAGCAUCUUUACGAUGAUCCGGAAGAAGCAACAGCUUCUGAAGAAAAAGCCAAGAAAGAAGAAGAAAAUAAAUCCAAAACGAGGAAAUCACAACCCUGGUCGCCAAGCAAUGAAGAUUCCGUACUCCAAUUAUUCCCAUCCUCAUCCAAACGCCCGUCUCCACCCACCUAUUCGAGUAAAAGUUGUCAAGAGUUGAGGUGCGAACAAUGCCACAAACCAAUCAAACGAAGAAGGGUCUCCCCAACUAAGUUUUCGAGCAAGCGCAACAGUACACGCACUCGUAGUAGGUCAAGAAGUCAGCGACGUUAAUUUGCGUUCCAUAACGUGCCAUAAAGUCGCAAGGGAAUUUUUUGAAUUUAGUGAAUUGAAAUUAAUUUUUGUGCGCAAUAAAAUUGACUGUGUGUCGGAUGUAAAGCAACAGUUAUUCUUGUUAAUUAAAAAUUCAUAUAUUUCACGGUUAGGCGUAGUGCGAACAAAAAGUCAUAUGUGCUGUAAUGAAAAAUCCAUCACUUUAUAAAAAUAUAUCUAGAAUUUGAAGAGCAGAGGAGAAGGGCACCGCAUGUUCGCUAUGUGUACCUUCCAUGCUUUUUCGUACGCGAAAGCAAUGUUAGGUCUGGUUGCAUACACAGAUAAGAACUUGGACUUUCACAGACGGCUGCCUGUUGUCGCUCUCAUAGAUGACUUUCUAUUAAUCGGUCUGCUGCACGUUCAGCAAUUCAACUCGGGGUAUUAAACAAUUCCCUCCCAAUCGAAAUCUUAUCAAAAUGCAAGCAAAUUUUCGUGAUUAGCUUGUGAAGAUUCAAGGUUUCCGUCCGUCAAUGCUUAUGAUUGAAUUCUUAUAUUGAAUUCUUCUUCUUCUUAUGAAUUCUUCAUAUUGAAAAGCUUUCUCAAAGCCUCUUUUAUUAUUAGCAAAAUAUUCUUAGGCAGUUCAAUACCCAGUUACAAACAUAUUAUAUUGUAUUUGAUUUCCUAGCUUAUAUUUUCAAUCUGAAUUUUUGCAGACCUCUUCGUUCUAGCAACGAUCAAUAGGAAUUUGUUCCGUCUUAUGAAUAAAUCUUUGAAUAAAACUGUAAAAAGUUAGUGUAGUGUUCUCGCUCGCCUUUAUGCAAGUCACAGUUUUUCUUUCCUUAUAUCGCAUUACUUCGAAGAUGUCCUUUAUUCGUGUAACGUGAUGAUUAGAAAGAGGCGGGGAGUAGAGAAGUAGAGUGUGACCGCGGCAUGGGAGCUGUAUUCCGUGUAGCUGCGAGCACAUACCAAUCGUAAUUAAUGCAUAAUCUACGGUAAGGGGAAUUGCAGGGACUUGGUAGACGCAUUUCUUGACUGGACAGUAGACCAAAAUGUUCAUUGAGUGUUAAAAUCUUAAACUAAAAGAUUAACUUUAAAGCAAUAGCUUAGAAAAGAAGCAAAAUCAUUAAUCCUUAAUGGGGGAGAACGUAUAAGGUCUACCGGAAAGUUCUGACAACAAUUUUCAACAUGUAAGCAGUGAGUGCUUGUUUGGCCCAUGUUCAGCUCUCUAUUUUUAUCGCUUAAUAUACACAUAUCGAUGUAGAAAAUUAAUGAAAACAAAGUUGAUUCACGAUAGUCUUAACUGCGAAGCGAUCGCGAACGC